AAGUCCCCCGCGGCCUAGUGUGCACGCUGUCUCAUGGCUGACCCAGUAGCCCUUCAACAGUGAGGCAGCCCCAGCGGCCAAUUCUCAAUCAACAUGGCUGUAGCCAGCUCGCCGCUCGAGCAGGGGCAGCGCAUGCGUCGAGGCGCUUUCCUCGCCGUGCAGCCGUUGUGCGUAGGGCUGGUGCAGCCAGGCCAAGACAACCUGAGCACCGUGCAGCGCCUGGUAGCGUUGCAAGCGGUGCUGGAGGGAUUGCCAGCUGGCGGCCUGCAAGCAUGCAUCGACUACAUCCUCUUCCCCCUCUUCCACCAUCUGCGCCCCGGUUCCCCCGCCCCUGUCACCGAAGCAGCCGCCGGCACACUGCGAACUUUCCUGACAAAGUGCCCGGUAGGCCCCGCCCAGUUCGUCCCGCUUCUCCAGACCCUAAUCCAGCUGCUGAACCUGCCAAGAGAUGGGGCAUCGGAGGAGCUCCGUAGGAGCGUUCUGGAGAGCGCGGGCGCGAUGUUUUCUGGGCUGGGGGGCGAGGAGCUGGGGAAGCUGAGGGGGGGGGAGAUGGCGGCUGCACGGGGGCACUUGCUGUCGCUGUUUUUGAAGGUGGCGGAUGAGGAGAUUGCGGCGGGGGCUCAGGGAAGCAAGCAGCUGCAUGCACUGGCCAUGACGACCCUUGACACCUUUCUAAAGCAGAUCGACGACCCGGACGCCCUUGCCUUCUUCCUCCCGGGAGUGGCCAGUGGUCUGUCCCGCGCCAUGCUCGCCCCCAAAGCCGGCUCCCUCGGAACCGCCGCCGCAGUGCGGGCCCUCUCGACGCUCCUGGGCGUCGUUCUCGCUGACGCCGCAAACCCAGGGUUGAGCUCCGAAAUCCUGGGGUUAGGCGCCCCAGCGCCUGGGUUACCUGCCCUGGGGGCUCCAGUCUCGGCCGCUGGCGCCAUGCAGGCGCUGCGGCAGCUGUCCUUGAGGCCGAAACACCCUGCUGACAAGCCCGCGACCCCGCCCCCUCCCCGAAAGAAGCCGGAAAGAGCCCCCCCAGAACGGGAGAGCAUGAACGUGGUUCGGGAUCAGGAGUGGUUGAGCGAAACGGUGCCGCGACUCCAGACGAUGCUGCAAGCGGUGCUGCCAAGGCUCUGCACGUCGGACAGCUUCAGAGUCCGCGCUGCGUUGGGACAGCUGGCGGUCCGGCUGCUCGACACGUGUCAGCGGAUGCUGUCUGCAGCGACGCCUCUUCUGCUCGAAUGCCUUUUCGCUUUGGCGUACGACGAUUACACCAGCGUCGCGACUCCCGCCCGGGGUUUUCUCGGGAGAUUGACUAUCGCCCCUAGCGUGGGGCCGCCAAGGGUGGGCGGGGCCUUCACCGUCUCGGAAGCGUCGCUUGGACGCAUAAUGCAAAGGCAGCUGUCCGAGCUGCCGCGGGCGCUGCGGCGAGGCGACGACGCGGCCGCGCUCGCGCAAGCGCGGCGGAUCGCCGCCAUUCUUGCCUUGAUGAUGCGAGGGGAACGGAGCCAGAGCAUCGUAGAAACGGGCCUCCUCUCGACACUGUCAGCGGCUCUGCAGCAGUGCCUGGAGUUCUCGAGUUCCGCUGGCCACGUGGCAGAAUACCAGCCGCCUGCACAGUACCUGACGCUGGGUGGCGGUGAGAAUGCGCCCGCCUCCACUGACGCUUCUCCGGAGCCGCCUCUGCCCGCCCCGCUGCUGCCGCGGACGCCGGAAAGCCUGGCGCACGUCCGGAGCCGUCCGAUGUACGACGCGCUGGCGCGCAUCUGUCGGCUGAUCGGACGCAGCGCAAAGCGAGGAGGGCAACCAUCCCUGGCGACCGUUGUGUCCCCCUUCCUGGGGGUCCUCCAGCAGACUGCCGCCACUCUAGAGUCUUUCCCCCCCGGCGAGGACGUCAGCCCCUCCCUUUCUCCAACAUCGGACAGCAGCGCCCAAAGAACCGGGGCCACCGCAGUACUGAUUCUCAACGAGGUCGUUUUCGGGGCGUCGCCCGCGUGGAACGCGGAAGACAGCCUCUUCGCGAAUGCGGCUCCUACUCAAGAAUCAGUAGAUGCUCCCGGAGGUUCCAAUCUGAAGUUGGCUACCGAUUCUAAAACGGCGGCGGUGCGGGAAACCGUAAACGGUGGGCAGGGGGAAGCUUGCGUAUCCUUAGAAACGGGUUCGGAGAAAACUUCUGGGCUUGAGAGGGAAACCACGAAACAAGCAGUAACCGGUCCAAACCGUGAGGGCGACCCGGUUCUCUCGGGUUUGGUGAACCGGGUGGUGCACGAGUAUCUGGCGCCAGAGCUGUGGGACUCCCCGGUGGAAGCGUCCCGAGGGACUGAAGGGGCCGAGGUAUCGCUGAGCACAGCAGGGGACAACGCCCGGCUUCAGCAGAUGAUGAUUGAGGGCAUCGGCGCCUUUGCCCGCGCUCUGGGCCGCGGGUUCGUCGCUGACGGCGCGCUGAUGUCAGCGGUGCUGUUCCCGCUGCUGUCCAAGCUCGGCUCGCCAAAUGCCCAGGUUAGCGCUUCCGCAGACCUGGCCCUUCAGUCGAUUUGCGCGCAUGGCGGGUACCCCUCUCUGCGGGCGCUGGUCGCCGCGAACUCAGAUUACGUCGUGGACGCCCUCUGCCGGCAGCUCCGCCACGUGCACUUGCACCCGUCCGCCCCGCUCCUUUUCGUGUCCGUCCUGCGCCGCACGCGCGCGACCGCGGACCUCAUCCCGCUGCUUGCGGAGCCCCUCCGGAGCGUCCUCCAGGGCCUGGGGGUGCGCGCGCGCGCGCAGCACCCGCAGCACGCGCUCGCGUUCCUCCUGGCGCUCCGCGAGGUCGCGCGCGCCGCGGAGGACGAGGCGCGCGAGGUUUUGGCCGAGGUUUCGGGGGGUUUGGGCGUCGGAAAGGGAUUGGGGGAUCGGAGCGGAGCUGAGAGUUUUGAGGAUUUGGGGGACUUGGGCGGGGGCCGGAACAUGGGGCGUUCAGGGGAGGCUUCGGAGGGUUUGGGCGCAGGGAAGGGUUUGAGAAGUGCGGAGGGCAUGCCGGCUUUCAAUCCGAGUGAGUCUUCGAUCGCUGGGAAAAGCGCAGGCGGAAUUACGGGGACUCGGACUGAACCCCAGCUUGGAGUGGUUUCGGAGGGUUUACGGACAUCGACUCAGGCAGGCUUCGGUACGGAGAAGGACGAGGAAGGCGUCGGGCUGACACGUGGCGUGGGGAGGGGCCAGCCACGUGGCUCGGAUCAGGAGUCGGAGGAGUGGUGGGACGAGCGGAAACGGCGGCGGGAGGCGGCGGCGGCGGUUGCGUGCUCGGCAGUGGACGCUUGCGCGCCCCUCAUGGGUGCCAGGAGCGUUCAAAGCAGGGUGGUCGCGAUGGACAUUGCGGAAGUGGGAAUGCGCGCUCUGGCAGCGGCCGAGCGUGCGGAAAGAGCCCACAAAGACGCUGCGGAACAGUCCGCCGCGGAAGCGCCGGAUAUCGACAUGGACAGACAGGAGAUCGAGAUCAGCAACCGCGUGCUGCCACGUGUCCACUCCUUGUGGCCCCACGUGGUGCAGGGCCUCAGGCACACGUCAGCAGCGGUAAUCGAACGCGCGCUCGGCCUCAUCUGCUCACUCGCUGCCACGUGCGGGGGCGACUUCAUGGCACGCAGAAUCGAGACUGACGCGUGGCCGCUUAUGACUAGCCUCCUCCUUAACGGAGUCCCGAACGCGGGAAUGAGCGCUUCUCCACGCGCAUCUCUUAUGAUCGUCAAAGGCGGGGAGAGCAGCCGGGGUGCCGCAUCGAGCCCGGCCGCCGACUUGCGCGUGCGGGCAGGGGUGCUUUCCUGCUUGGGAAGCCUAGCCGAUAACGAGUUUAGCCGGGGGGCGGUCGGGCGGAUGGCCGGCGAUAUGGCGCGCAAAGCGUCGCGCUUUCUCGAGGAGAAAUAUGCGCAAGGUUUGCGGGACUCGGCGUCUGCGGCUUUGCUUGCGCUCGCGAAAGUCGAUUCGGACGCAGUGUGGGUGAUUCUCGUGGACAUAGCGAAUGUGGGCGCUCGAAAUGUCGCGGCGCCCAAAGGCUUUCCGCCGAUGGAGUCUAUUUUGCCAACGCCAACGAAGGUUGCGGUAGAUGCAGAGAUAGGGGCACGAGAGACACUGCGCAGAUUAGAUGCGUGGCAAGGGCGAAGCUCGGUGAGCAACUGGUAAAGUGGUCGCAAGAGGUUAGAACCAUUCAUGUUGAGAUGCUGGGAUGUCAUAUGAAUAUGACGACCGAUUUGUGAGUGCAGUCAGAAUCGUCAUAUUCUAAGUGCAGUCAAAAUCGUCGUAUUGUGAGUGCCUCUGUCACUCAUGACGAGCUUUACUAAAAGAUUCUUGGGCUUAGAGGAUCGUCAACGACGGUACUGUACUAUGACCUUCACUACAUUGCCAGGGCUGAAUAGUUGGUGGUCGUUGUUACCGACUGAAGGCCGCACCUUGGGACUGAAGACAGGAGUAAAUGUAGUUUUCGGUGGGGACGGCACUAUAUUCGGAUAACAUGCACAUGAGCUCGCAAAAUAAAACUGAGUGCCUUGUGACGAUAUAUCCCAACCGGGUUGCACUGAUUGCUGCAC